AUGAGGUCGGCCGUUGUUAGUUUGCUAAUCGUUGGGCUCUGCUCGAAUGUGCACGCCUCUUCCACAGAUUCUACAGCUGGUACCGCGGCUAGCGGAGCCACUACCGCAGCUAGUGGAGCCAGUGGCGGAUGUGCGGACAAAGGAUGGGAGUGCCCGCAGAGGGCGAACCUCUGCAACAACGCGGUAAGGAGUCUAGCGUGGUGAAUAUAUGAGGGUCAUAGCACCAUUUGUAAUAUAUCAGUCUGUCGGGAAAAUAAUGGGCGAACUGUCAGCGCCGAUCGCAUUGCUGAAGUCAAAGCAAUUCGAUUUUGCCGCGACGCAUUUCAUUUUCUCGGCGGCGAUGCGAUAUUCGACCGAGUGAUAAUUAUUUUCCCGACAGACUGAUAGCCAUCCUUUGUUCAUCUUUUUUGAAUCGCUUUCCAGCGGCCCUACUAAGUUUUCAACCAUAUUUAUAACUAAUUCCAGAUAUACUAUCCUCUGAUGACCGACCAAUGUCCGGCGACGUGUGGCCGCUGUGCUGGUGGCGCGACGGGCGGCGGCGGCGCAGGCGGCUGUGCGGACGGCGGACCGGACUGCCAGAAAAGUAAAUAUCUGUGCACGGCGACGGUAGGCUGAACCUUUUUUGUUCUGCAUCCCGUCAACCAUGAAUUUGACUAAUUUUUCUGUUUUUUAGCUGUACCAAGCCUUCAUGGCGAAGGAGUGCCCGUUGACGUGCGGAAAAUGCGGUGGAAAGAGGUGA